UGGAUAACUUUUUGUUUAAAUCAUGAAAACAUAUUUAAAACAAGUAUGUUGCAUAAUAUUAAGAUAGUCUAUCAUUAACCCAGGGAUCCUUCAGCAGAUUGAAGAAACUUCAAGACAAUGGCUGGAGGAAGGAACAGUACAAUAGUCAUCAGAUUCAUCCUUUUGGGAUUCUCAGAUUAUCCCAAGAUCAAGAUCGCUCUCUUUGUAGUAUUCUUGGGUUCUUACCUCUUGACAGUGGCUUGGAACCUGGGCCUUAUCAUCCUGAUUAGGAUGGACUCUCACCUACAUACACCCAUGUACUUCUUCCUCAGUAACUUAUCUUUCUUGGAUUUCUGCUAUGUUACUUCCACAACCCCGAAAAUGCUCUCAGAUUUCUUCCAGAAGCCUAAAUCCAUCUCCUUUCUGGGAUGCACCAUGCAGUACUUCUUCUUCUCUAGCCUGGGUCUGACUGAGUGCUGUCUCCUGGCCGCCAUGGCUUAUGACCGAUAUGCUGCCAUUUGUAAUCCUCUACUCUACACCGCCAUCAUGUCACCCACCCUCUGUGUACAGAUGAUGGUUGGAGCCUGUAUAACUGCUCUCUUUGGUUCAUUGAUCCAAUUGUGUGCUUUACUUCAGCUCAAUUUUUGUGGGCCCAAUGUUAUCAACCACUUCUUCUGUGACCUGCCUCAAUUAUUAGUCCUAUCCUGCUCUGAAACCUCUUUCCUAAAAGUCAUGAAGUUUGUGAUAGCAGUGAUUUUUGGUGUAAUAUCUGUCUCAGUCAUCAUGAUAUCUUAUGGUUAUAUCAUUGCUACCAUCCUGAAGACAAGCUCUGCUGAAGGCAGGUCCAAGGCCUUCAAUACCUGUACUUCUCACCUGACAGCAGUGAUCUGUUUUUUUGGAUCAGGACUCUUUGUGUAUAUGCACCCCAGCACUGAUGAUUCUCUGGACCAUGACAAGAUGGCAUCAGUCUUCUAUACAGUGGUGAUCCCCAUGUUGAAUCCUUUGAUUUACAGUCUGAGGAACAAGGAAAUCAAAGACGCCUUUAAGAGGUGUAAGAAGAGAGCUUUUUCCCAUUGUCAUAGUUAA